AUGUCAUCUCCUUACAACAUUCAUUAUGACGAAAAGAAUGAUGAAGAAGAAAAUAUGAUAAUAAAGUUCGCUGAUUAUGAGACUUUUAAGUCUUAUGUAUUGAGAAAGUAUGAUAAAAUAUAUAAUACGUCAAAUUAUGAAAAAGAAAAUAUUAACUAUUAUAGUGUAAAAUGGAUAAAUUUUAUAAGCAGAAAGGUUCCUAUUUUGCUUCAAAAUAAAAGUGGUCCUUGUCCACUCUUAUGCAUUACAAAUAUUUUAUUAUUGCGUAAUCAGCUACAUAUAGAUAGAGAAAUUACUAAAAUUUCUCAGAAAAUGAUAGAGAGUAAAAUAAUGAAUUUAUUAUUAGAAUCUAAUAAAAAAAAUGUAACAGAUAGUAGAUCCUCAUGUAAUUAUAGGAAAAAUAUAAUAGAAUGUGUUGAAAUAUUACCGCAAUUAAAAUAUGGAUUAGAUGUAAAUUGCAAAUUUACAGAUAUCCAUUCAUUUGAAUACACUAAAGGUUUGUGCAUUUUUGAUAUGCUUAACAUUCCGUUAUACCAUGGAUGGGUUAUUUCUUCUGAUGAUUUAAUUUUUUAUUCAUAUUUAAAGGAUUAUUCCUAUAACGUUAUAAUAAACAAAAUUGUUAGAUAUAAUGAAUACUAUGAAAAAAAAAAAAGAAAUUCUAAGGAAUUAUCAAAUGAGAAUUUAAAUUGCAACGUAAUAGAAUUAAAUAAAAUAAAUAAUACAGAAGAUUAUAUAAAUGAUAAAAAAGUAAGUAAAAAUAAUAUUCCUAUAUUUCCGGAUGAUUUAGAUAAAAAUUCAGAAGAUAAUUUUAAAAUAAAAUUGCACCAAAGUGAUAUAAUUCAAGAAAAAAAUGAUUUCUUUCAUGAAAGUACAAAAUUUGAAUCAAAUAAUAAUAAAAAAACCAUUUUAAAUGAUAAUAUAAAAAUAACUCAAUCAUUAGAUUCUGGAAAAAAAAUUAAGAAUAAUAACAAAUUGAAAAAUCAGAUGUGUUAUUCUGGUGAAAGAGGAAAUUAUAAUAAUUUGCCAUUUCAUCAUGAAAAUGCAAUUUUUUAUGAAAAUGAUAAAAAUAAACAUUAUGAAUAUUCGCAAAACAUACCAAGAUUUCCUGAAGAUACUGUAUCAACGAAUAAUUUAGUAGAAAAUGAGACAUCUUGUAAAAAUUUAGAUAAUAAUAUUGAUACUUCUAUACAUGAAGUAUUUACAAAUGAUAAUUUUUUUGAAGAUUCAAAUAAUGUAAUUAAAUUAACUAAUGAUAUUAAUGUUGAUAAUUAUACUGACAAUAAUACUGAAAAUAGUGAGAAUUUUAUUAUGAAAAAUUAUAAUACAGAAAUUAAUUUAACCCCUUAUGAAAUACAUGAAGCAUUAAUAAUGUCUGAGUUUCUUGAAGCUUAUAAAACACAACUAACAUUAAUAGGAUUAAAAUUAUUACAAAAGAAUGUUAACCAAAAUCAGUUAGUAGCAUUUUUUAGGAACAACCAUUUUAAUACUUUAUUUAAAUAUGAAAACAAAUUAUUUUUAUUAGCAACUGAUAUAUCUUUUUUACAUUUAAAUUGCACCUGGGAAUUGUUUGAUAAUGUGGAAAAUGAUACUUCUUACUAUGAUCACAAUUUUAAGUGUUUGUCUAAUCAAAAAAAUGCUCAAAAAAAUAUUAAUCAAUCUAUUAUUUACUCAAAAAAUUGUGAAAAAAGUAAUGGAAGAAAUAUAUAUUGUUUAAAAUCUAACUCUUCUAUUUCGAAUAAAAAAAAAAAAAAAAAAAAAUGCACUUUUAUGUAG